UGCAGGAGAUGGACCCGCCACCGGCUGCGCUCCCACCCACACCUUUGCGCUUUCCUCCUGGAGAUGUUCAGCACCUUCCAGAUUUGCGCCUGCACCAGCGAGCUCUGCCUGCUGGGCGACGUGGAGCCGAAGCCGCACACCGCCCUCACGCUCACCUACGGCGUCGCCGUCCUGCACGGCCUGACUCUGACCGGCGGCACGUGCAACCCCUGCGGCACCCUGCAGCCCAUGUGGGGCGGUGGGAUGUCGCUCAGGACGGGCGGGCUCGCCGUCGGCGCUCAGUUCGCGGCGGCGGUGCUUGCCAGGGCGUUUAUGCACUUCGUCUGGAGCCUGGAGAUGGCACAGCCACAUGUCGGGGCGCUCUCGCAGGGCUGCAGCAACCCCAUGCAGACUACGGAGGUGCAGGCGUUCUGCAUAGAACUGCUCUUUUCUGUCGUUUUCCAGCUGGCCAUCCUGCGAGUGGAAAGUGUUAAUCCCAAAUACAAAGUCCAUUUGAUCGCUCUUCUCAUCACCAUGCUCGUGUAUGCAGGUUAG